UCCUUUCGCUAUUUAAGUGUUCAAUAUUUAUAAACAUCAACACGUGCAAAAGCUGUCAAAGUCAAAUAAUUUACAAAGUUUGAUUUGUUAAGAACUAUCUAUAAUAAUGAGCGGGCUAAUAGGUGCCGAUGAACAGAAUGUGAGAAAUAUGAAAGAUUUUCUGGAGUUAUAUAAUAAGCUGACAGAAAUGUGUUUUCAACGCUGUAUCACAAAUUUUAAUAACAGGGGUCUUUCAACGGAUGAGAAUUCUUGUGUUGGUGGUUGUGUGGACAGGUAUGUUAAGUUUAAUCAGCGUCUAAUGUUGACAUUCAUGGAAUUUCAAAAUGCUAAACAAGAGGCUACAGUAAAAGAAUUAGAGAAAGCUGCUGCUGAAGGAAGGACUCCAAACAUUCCAGGUAUCGCACAGGAAAUGGCUUCACAAGCCGGCACUACUCUACCUGUUUCAGGGAGUCCCCCAACUCAAGAUGUUCAGUCUUGAUAGAAAACUUAUCUGUGUGCUUGAAGCACUUGUGAUAUUCAAAGACUUUGACAGCGUAGGAUAGUGUGGAUUGUGACAGAAGCAGGUGCACAGCCUAUACUAUGUAAGGGAAAAUACUCUUAAUAGUUUAAGAAAAAUAUGAAUCAUGGAUUGUCUCCCUUUGUACAGAAAAACUGUUCAUGCUCAGAUGUGGAUGAUUUUUUUCUGGAUAAUCAUAGUGUUAUUCAAUUUAUGGUAAAUUAUGUUAUAUUAUAUGUUUAUUGUUUUUGAUACUAGAAUUGUUAUUUGAAGGGUCUUUGUGGAAGACCCUGCAAUAUGUCAGCACAGUGUUUACACUGCUGACUAUUUAUAUAAAUGUAUAGUUUAUAUUUUUGUCAUAGACUUUUCAUAAAUUAUGUGAUAGAUGUUCCUUGUAACAAAUGUCCUGGAAACGACUUCAUUUGUGCCAUAAACAGUCUGUGUAAAUUGGCAUGUUUAGAUAUUUCUAUUUGACUCUGUGCGUAAAGGUCAUUUUAAUUAAAAUGGAUUUUAACUCAAGAGAUACAGUCUUAUUAUAAUCCUGUGUGUUGGUU